CACCCCGGUGCUCUCCCCCGGCCUCCCCUGCUUGACUGCUUGACCGAACACGUCCACGCCCAUACCAAGGAUCACCCCCCCGAUGGCCACCCUGGUCUUGUUGGAUUUUUUCGCCGUCUUUCGCACUUGCAGGGAUACUCCUGACCAUCAGGUACGUGCUACUACGACUCCCGCCGCCUGGGAACAGAGGGCGUGUACGAACACACCACGCACUACCACCAGAGGCACGGAGUACGGAUAUCUGUGUGCAGAGAGGUGGGAAAGUGGCUGCUUUUGCUGGCUGGCGUCUGCCACACAUCGUACGCAUUUCCCACCUUCUCCUCUACUGCACUCGCUCUCUCUCUGUCGCCGCUCUGUUCUGCAGCCCAUCGCUGACCCUGGUCCUAGUCCUACCUAGUCUUUUCGCUCGUCUCUUUCUUGCUGGGGGCGUGGCAUGGCACUGUGGGUGUGCUGGGACAAAAACCAAGCCAGCCAGACCAGACCAGACCAGACCAACCCGAACUGAGAGGUGCCUGGUACCGGUAGCUUUUUUCUCCUCGUUCCCUGUCUCUUCUUGCUGGGAGCGGCGGUGGUGUUGCACACAACCACCACUGGCACACACCACACACCACACACACACCUGGCUACCGCCCCCCAGUCUCCCACGCUCUGCUGAGGUACUUUGUACUGGGCGCGGACUGCGGUGCUCGGAACUCGCUCGCCAUUCAAAACCACUCCGUUCCCUCCGGAGCCGCCCAUCAGCUUGUUCUCUCUCCAAUCUUUGUGUGCUCCAAACACCAAAGUCCAACAUCCUCAACAUCCACAGCACAAAAAAGUCGUCUCAAGAGAUAGUCAACUUCUCGUUGCUCUUUCUUGCAUCUUUCCUGACACACGACACUUGCAUCCCGAAGCAAGAGCAGGAACAGAAUUCCAACACGGACAGACCCAAUCCCAUCCUGUCCAAGAACGAGACAUCACAACCGAAAAAAAGAGAGUCAACGGCAUAACUCUGUCACGACCCAAGGCACGGAAGGAAAGGAUUGACCCCCAUAGUUUUGCACCUAUUCGGCUGGUCUCCUCAACCCUCUACCUCUUUUCGAUCAGUCAAGCUCGACCCAGAACCUGACCGACCAUACGAUCCCCACGAACCUCGCAAGCCACCGUGCAGGGACGUCUCAUCGCCUCGCCUGAGCCUCCCAUCGGCCCCUUCUUCCUUUCGAGACACUCGAGUCCCCGUCCUUCCCCAGCUCGUCAUUGCAUUCCACCUGCUUCGACGACAUCUCCACGGGACCCUCCUCCCCAGCUACCGACAUUCCUCGUCACCAAACACACGACGGAAGUUUCUUGCCCUGUUGCUGGAACAUUGCCAGAGCAGAAAACUCGACAGUCGCCCGCCUUCCUUGAAUCGACCUUUCUCUCCCUCCAUGUAAGUGGUCAACUGCGACUCCUACACAAGAACGUAAUACACCUGUAAAAACAACAAAAAAAAUACAUCACCACCUUCGUCAUCAUUACUACUUUCCCUUUUUUUUCUCAUUGCCAUAUCACUUUCUCAGCCUUGCCUCUUUCCUUCGUCCUGUUCUUGAUUCUUAAUCGUGGGAAUUGCGUUUCCCACAGCCACCAACGCUACAGCCAUUAGCUUCUUUUUCUUUCCUUGAAUUUUUCCACUCUCUCUACCUCGUUUUCUUCCCUUAUUUUUUAUCAGUUCAGUCAUCGGAAUAGAUGCACCACAACCAAUUUCCUUACCCGACUAAAUAACCCUAAAGCCUCCCAUGGCCGCGACACAGCUGACGGGAACCUUCCAAUAACACAGAAAUCCUAAUUUCCUACCAGCGUCUCGUCGCUCAUCCUCGGCCGCUCCGCCUCUCACCUUAAUUCUUCGCUGAAUUGAUACCUAUUUGCUUUUCCGCCACUAUCCUCGAGCCGCCACACUGACGCCGUGCCGGGCGCACGAUACCAAUUUCCUCACCACACACCUUCAUCCACCACAUUUUCCGUACACAACCGCGGGAAUGCCUUACACACCACCCUCCCACCACCGAUCGCCAGCAAGCUCAGCACCGUCAUCGCCCGACGUGAGCAGACGUCCCUCCUUCCAGUCCAGCCCCAGACCGUCACUACCAAGGUCAGCAUCAUACCUCACCAAGCACAGGAGAACGCCGGCAGCGGCAGCAGGUGCUCCCACAACAAAUGGCAACUCAGACCAACCUACACCACCAGGGACGUCGGACGAUUUGAAGGGCAUGGCCACUAACAGCAGCAGUGUGAGGCAAUCACCGCCGCCACUGACAGACGAGCGAGGCAUGCCCAAGGGCGCCAUCAUUUCACCACCCGACUCGGGAAGCGAAGAGGAGGACGUCGCAGAGCGUGGAAGGCAGAUUGACAAUCUUAAGGAGCUUCAGGACAUCAUCAGCCAAAUACCCGUUAAGAGGGAAGCCUCCCCAACCAGCUCCAAGCUCGACCAGCCCGCACUAUCUCUCAUCACCAAGGAAGACCUUCCCAAGGAGGGUUUGCCCACCAGCUUCAGCACGAGCUCCCUGGACGCCCUCGCUCAGACGGUCGCCCGCCGCGUCAACCAUGUGAGAUCUAGUACCGAGCCCAGAAUAGUAAUGGAGUCGGCUUCCAUCACUGGCUCAGAAUCCGAUUCGGACGGUAACAACUUCGAGAACAAGCCGCCAAUGGUACGCAAGAAGUCUGGAGAGCUCGUCAGACCCGCACUCCGGCCCGCCUCUGCUCGCAGGCGGCCAUCCAGCAUGCCUGGCACCCCGACCUUUUCCAAGGCCGUUCACUUCGACUCACACCUCGAACACGUACGCCAUUUCCUCCAGGUUGAUCGGCCGCUCGCUGUCAGUGCCGGAUCCUCGCCGGUCGACGCCUACGACAGUGAUACCGAGUACCCCUUCCCUGGAGAGGAACGUCAGAACGCUCGCACUCCCCCAUUCGAGUGGGAGAUCGUCACGGCAAACCACCCCGCCGAUACCCCCAUCCGCAAGUCCCUGCCUGUCCGCCUCGAGAGGGUCUGGUUGUCACCCGACCAAAAGAACUUAUUGGGCUCCGUUGCAGUUGCCAACCUGGCAUUCCAGAAAUACGUUACGUGCAGAUUCACUCUGGACUACUGGAAGACAACCUCGGAGGUCGGUGCCGAAUACUCACAUGAGGUUCGCGCUCAGGACGACCAUGUCGCUCAGGACCGAUUCACGUUCAGCAUCAAGCUCUCCGACCUGGCUAACCUCGAGACGAAGACGCUAUUCUUCUGCAUCAAGUACAACGUCAAUGGCCAGGAGUACUGGGACAACAACAACGGCACCAACUUUCAGGUCGACUUCCGCAAGAAGCAUUUGCCCCAGAACGGCAAGCGAGGCCUGCAGGGCGCCGCUGGCCGCCCGGCGCUCCCACGUAGCAACCGCCGCUCGAGCCCUUCUUCGGCGCCUCGGCCUAAAUCCAUGCCUGUCGGCUUCGAUGAUUUUGGCAACCAGUCCAAGCUGAACUUUGACCAGCCCAUCCACGAGUACUUGGGCGAGUCAGGCCCGACUGCUGGACUUCGCCUCAAGAUCAACAAGUCUACCGGCAAUCUGGCUAGCGAUAACCUCUCGAGCCGACUGACUGCCCCCAGUGGACAAGCCUUCUCCAACCGCUACGACUUUGGUGCCUCCCUCACUGCUGCUGUCCAGGCUGCAAAGGACACCAUUGGCAAGGACCGCAACCAGGAUGGUCUCUAUAUGAAGAGCCAUCGCAAGAUUCACGUUCCUGCGCAACAGCCCCAGCAGGCGAAGCCGGCCCCGGCCGUGACUGCGCCCCCUGUCUCUAAGCCGGUUGUCAAGCAGCCCACUGUCCCUGGCACCGACUCCCCCAACCCUUCCCUUGCCUCGUCAUCAUACGAGGAAUUGGUCAACAAAUACUGCUUUUUCGGCUCCAAGCAGUCCAGUCCGCAGAUUAAGGAUGGCACAUUGAGAAACGGCAAGUUCGACGGAGCUGACGACGUUUUCGCGACCCGUGGAUCCAACAGCACCAGCUCGAGCUCCAACGGCAGCCCCAGCAUGGCCCACCAAGCUCAACACGCCGGACCCGCACAACACCACGCCUUCCACCUUCGCGACUCCAACCCUUAUUUUCAGCACCUGGGAUCCUACGGUGCAUCACCAGCCUCAUCUCCACUCAGUCAACCUUUGCAAAGCGAACGACCCGCGAACCAACGUCCGAGUCAGGCUACCACCCCAGCAAUAAUGAGGUCCGCUUCCCCCUCGACCUCGGUGGGUGGCUUCCCUUUCGCCGGUACGUCGCCAAAUGAAUUUCCGUACGCCCAGCAACUGCAGGAGCGCUUCCCAUUCAAUACCGAGACUCAUGCGGCAACAGCAAUUAGGGGUUAACGGCGCCGCUCGCUCCACCAUGUAAUCGCGAUCGUCUUUGCGGUCUCGUCAUUUGACUUUUCUCGAUUGUGUUUUUGGACGAAAAACUAUUUCAUCUCAUCUUUCGGACACUGGCGUUUAAUGGCAUUCGACGCCAAAAGGCCAGGGACGGCCAUGGCAUCGCGGGGAGGCGUUCAAAGAGUCGUUCAUAAUCCAUGGCCCUCCAUUCGAUUUCGCGACUUCCCGAGCAUACGAUAGGCAUUCUUCGGGGGUCAUUGGGAAAACAAACAAAACAGCCUUGCUUUCUUGGUCUUUCAUUCGUUGCCCAUCAUUGAUGAGCUCAACGCAGCGUCGAGGGAUCGAGUCUCCUUUUCGGAUGGGGGCACUCAGGAUCGAUCUGCAUACGAGGAGUUCCUUUAAUGCGUAAUUCGCUCGCACCUUCACUCUUGACCUUCAACAGCGGCUGUCAUUGCGCUUCGAAUUAUCUUGUCAUUUGUAUUUUGCUCCUCGUUGAGCUUUCUUUUCGCGCACGGUAGAGGAUCCAGGACCACCAGCACACGACAUUAGGGGUCUUAGAGGGAUACGGGCCAUCGAAUACUUGCUUUAUUGGAAUGGGAUGAUACCAGAUGACAUGAGAUUGUCUCUGUCCGCCUCAGGCGGAUGAUAUCAAGGGUGUGCACCGGAUCCCCGACCUGUUCAACUACCCCAGUACGCUGCGUGGUAUUGACAGGCUUGUUGUGGAGAUUCGGUAGCGGUUGGGUUUGGAACGGACAAAAGUUGAGGAACCGAGUCUUGAGAUUGAUUGAAGCAUCGACUCGUUCGUGACACAAUAGGUACCGGUUCAUACAAUGGGCGUUGGGAACAUGGACGCAGUCACUUAGCAGAAGCGUUCGGCCAUUUGGCUUGAUUAGUUAGGGUAGCAUGGGAAGACAAAAUAACCUGCCAUUGCUCACACAUUAUUGUUCUCUCUCGUGCCGUGACUGGACCGAGUCUUGCGUUCCAAUUUAUGUUAGUGAUGCUCUCAAUA